AUGGUUCAAUACAAACGGAAACCGGUCAAGACCGAGCCUCUGCCGCCGUUCAUCGAUGACAAUACCGAGGUAUGGGAGAUUGAGCAGACUGGAGAAGUCUUCGUGGACUAUGAAAAAUUCCUGAAUAAGCGCGACUUUUACCUACAGCGGGUUUUCACGUGCGAAUCAACUGGCCAUUCCGGCUACACGUUCUUUGAAGCAAUGGAGAGCGAGGUACGUCCGGGUCGCUCCUUGGAAGAGGUCCUCAAGAGCGUGACCAUAACCACGCCACAGCAAGAAGCGUCCCAGGAAAUCGACAGCAUAUUCCCGGAGGGCCUCAGGUCGCGAGUGUUGGCAUUUGUCCAAUUUGAGACUACACCUCGUAUGGACGACUUGGUCAAUCAGGUCUACGAUCAUUUCCGUGAACACUACAAUGUCGGUGAUCGUGUAGCCUUGGACACAGAAGGCGGCCGUCGAUAUGGCGUAAUAAAAAACAUGACCGACACAUCAAGGCUUCACAGCAUGUUCAACGGCCAACUCAACGAAGACUUCCGCUCAUACACCUACAUCAUGCAAAUGGACGACGGGGAAGAACUUACGCGCUACAAGGCCUCCGAACUCAUGCGAGAUCGGAGAGUCUAUUCCAAGAUUAUCCUGAAGCAAUUCUUGCGCGGUGCUGUUUCCCGAGAACCAUGGCACGGAGCCCCAUGGAUGGUUAAGGAUCACCUAGCGAAGCGGUAUAACAUACCUACUAAACUUCCGGAUGCUAAGACUCGCGAGGCCGUAAUAGCUGCCAAAAAAGCUGCGAAUGCAGAAAGGGCAGCAAUUGCUCAACGUCUGGACGAUGCUUCACCUCCGAUGAACUACCCAAAUUCCGGAUACUCCCAGACGAAUGGCCUAAGGCCGCACGAUCAGGGGCAUAUUAACAUGGGACCACUUGCAGCAAACCACCCUCAUGUGAACGGUCAGCUGGUUGGUCACCCCGUCACCGGUCAACCACCACUCAUGUACCCUGGGCCCCCUCCAAUCCGAUACAGCGGAUCGUUGCCUAUGCAUUACAGUGGACCCCCGCCUACUCAGUUUAAUGGACCACAACACCCCCAAAAUCCCAAUGUACCACCUCACCUGGCUGCCCAGGUACGCCCCAAUUUACCGGCCCACCUUACGCAGCAUGUUCCGGCACAAGGUCAUGGUCUACCUAUCGGUCUACCCUUCCAGAACAACUUCAUGCAAUAUCAAGCGCUCGCGAAUCAACCACUGAAUGUGCCUCCUCAUCAUUCAGCCCCUGCUACUAAGCCGUUUGAACCGAUCAAAUACCCUAUCGACGAUCUAAGGAUCCGACAGCCACGCGUCACUGUCACGCGGCCUCCGUUAAAGUUUCUAUCAGACGAUGUUCCAGACGGUGUUGACGCACCUGGGGACGAUAAGAAGACAGGAAUUCUCAUGAAGAACAUUGGUCCUUUGUUGACCAUAUGGGAAACUAUCAACGUCCAUGACACCAUCUACUCGCUCGAUUCGUUCACCAUAGACGAUUUUGUUGAAGCCAUGGGAUAUGCAUCGGAAGACCCAGAGUGCGAAUUGCUAGUCGAGGUGCACUGUGCUGUACUGAAGCAAUACGUCAACGACUCUGGCAAGCUACAAAUUCAGCUUCCCAGUAUGAUCGAUGAAGAAGAGUCCGAAGACGAGGGAGAGUCCAGCAAGGAAGCAACACCUGAACCAGAGCCUCCAAAGCGAACUACUCGCAGCAGCCUGAGGAAAUCGGAAGUCGCUGAGAUUGUGGGAAAGCCGCGCACGCCCACACCGGAGCCACCAAAACAGAUUCAUAAGGCUGCCGAAUUCGUGGCAGACUUCGACUGGGUGGAAGUGUGCAAGGAGAGGAAUUUCGGAGAAGGCGGCUGGCAAGCUAUCCUGGUGGGACUGCUUCACCAACUGUCAUACAAUCCUUCGCACAAAGAAGACUGCGACGAGAUCCUCUCCAAGCUCGUCCCUCCCGAAGGAGAACCUUCCGUCGAAAAAAUUGCGACGAACUAUCUCGGUCUUGACAUCAAUCUGCGCAUUGCUGCGUUGGACAUGGCCUUGCGCCUCACAGUUACCACAGAACAGUUCCGCGACCAGCUACAGAACGCUGCCCAUGACAUGACCAGCCUUCGCAAAGAGAAGAUAGAGUAUCAACGAAAGCGAAAGGAACUGUAUGUGUAUCAUAAACUACUCGUUAUUAACCAUGACUCACCUGUGCUUAGGGCCGAUGAAAUGUUCAAGCUUGACAUUGAGCGGAAGAUCGCGCUCCCUCUGAAUACACCAGCGUCGCCCACCGAUGGUAAAGCCACACCGGAUGUGUCUAUGGCUGAUGUCACCGAUGUCAAAGAAGAUGAAGAAGAUAGCGACUCAACAGCGGAGGCAAAGAAUAACGCUCGCAAAGUUCGCAAAGCCGUGAAGGUGACGAAGCGCAAGCGGGAUAGCGAGGUGGCAAAGAAAGAGAAGGCCAAGAAGGCCAAGGCGGAAGCUGCUAAGACCAAACAGCAGAGAGAUUGGGAGAAGCUUCUGGACGACAUUGAAAAGAAGAAAGAGGAGCUCAGGGAGUGCGAGGCUAACAUCGCCGAGCUGGACGAUGAUUUGCGCGAAGCCUCGGUGCAUCGCUCUAAGAUUCUGGGUAAGGACCGCUUCUUGAACAAGUACUAUUGGUUCGAGCACAACGGCAUGCCUUUCGGAGGCGUGCCGCAGUCAUCAACGGCAGAGUACGGAUACGCCAAUGGACGUGUAUGGGUUCAAGGACCGGACGAGCUUGAGAUCCAACCCAACUUGGAGGAGCCCGCUUUGUCGCAGGAUAUGGCUGAGUUCGGCUGGACAGUUCCCAUGCGCAAAGAAAGGGAAGAAGGUCCGACUCACCUGAAGACUUCCGCCGACUGGGGCUACUACGACGACCCUGAGGACAUCGAGAAACUCAUGGCGUGGCUCGACGAGCGUGGUACCCGUGAGAAGACUCUUCGCAAGGAGCUUCUCCUUUUUCGGGACAGGAUUGCGGAAUACAUGCAAAAGAUGAAGGCGCAUCUAGAAGCAUCCGGGGAGGGGGAGGAAGAGGAGGAAGAAGAGGAAGAAGAGGAGGAGGCUCCCACGACCCGCUCGACCCGCAACAAGGCAAGCGCAGCUGCUGAGAAGACGGCUGAGGAAGAACAGCCUAGGUGCUUGCUCUGGACGAACAGCAUGAUGCGCGAGCGGGAGGGUUACAACCACAGCGAGGAGUACGAGCCUCCAAAGCGAACCAAGAAGGGUACCGCGAAAGUCACCAAAGGCAAGGGUCGAAAGUAA